UACUUCCAGGCAGAAAAGAAUUCUUUCACGUUGUCAGCUUACUAGACAUACAGGUAUUGGAAGUGAAAGACAGGGAACCCGAGUUCCAGAGGUGGUUCCCUCGAUGCUACAGGUCCAAGGCCAGUCGACUCAUCAGGAAAGCCGUCGCGAAUAGAUUCUUUCGGUACUUCAUCGACCUUGCAGUGGUCGCCAAUGCCGUCUGCAUAGCUCUAGACCAAGACGACGCCGAGUGGUUCUUCAUGGCGUUGUUCGUCUUGGAGAUCCUCCUGAAAUUUUAUGUCUUUGGGCUCAAAAGGUUUUUCCACAGUGCCAUGAACAUAUUUGACUUUGUCUUGAUUGUCGCUGCACUGGUCAUCAACGUGCUCGAGCUGGCAUGGAGAAGCAUUUCGAACCAGAGUGGUGCCCUCGACUUUCUCCUGGUUCUCCGUUUGCUCCGUUUAGUGAGGCUAGUCUACGCUAUCGACAGAUUCCGAGUAGUGCUGAAGACGAUCAGCAGCAUCGGUCGAUCCUUGGUGACAUACGGCGGCGUCCUUUUUGUUUUCUUCUACGUGUUCGCAAUCAUCGGAAUGGAAGUGUUCUCAGACAAGAUCACUCCAGAACCCGUUCUUGCAAAUCGCAGCCAAAACCAGCCCAUCCUGUGUGGAAAUCCCAAACUGAACGGAACGCAGUUCGCGAUGAAUCGCUACUGUAAUAACAACUUCAACGACAUCCUCCACUCUUUCGUCGUUCUGUUCGAGCUCAUGGUCGUGAACCAGUGGCAUGUGCUUGCGGAAGGGUUCGUUGCGGUGACCCACCAGGCCGCCCGAAUCUACUUCAUCGUGUACCACCUGCUGGUCGUCAUUCUCGUACUGAACAUCUUCUCGGCGUUCAUCCUGGAGUUGUUCAUGCUGGAGUAUUCCAUGUCCAAGGAGCCCGCUGAGAGACGGGAGAGCACCGUGGAGCGGAAGAUCACGUUCAUGGGGUUGGAUGAGGACGAGUCGACCUACUUCGAUGACCUUGCUGAACCUGAGGCAGCCACAGAAGACAUCAUCAGUGGAGGGCAAAGGAGACCAGAAUUAUCCCCAGCCAUGAGGCUCAGGCGCCCAAAAGGCGCCAACAAAGUGGAGGAGCUGCUGCAGAAGAUGUACGAGAUUGAGAGGGAAGACGAUGAAAGUAGUGUCUGAGUCACACAUUGUUUA